AUGCCCUUCCUCGCAUCCUGCCUCCCCCUACCAUCCCCUCCUCCCAUGCACUCCAGGCCUUUCAUUGGUCAAGCGCUCGACCUCUACCGCCUCACUCCUCCUCCUGCCUCAACGUCCCCCAACCAACACCCCCCUCCCGCCUCCCCCUCCGCCUCCGCCGCCUCCCCCUCCUCCGCGUCCCCCUCCCCCGACUCUCCCCCCUCCACGCACGGUCCGGCUGUGUUCCUUCCGCGGCUGCACGAGUGGCGCCAGCAGUACGGGGACGUGGUCGGGUUCACCAUAGGGGGGACGGCGCAGCUGCUUGUAACGGAUCCUGCACUAGUGAGACAGGUCCUGCUAUCGAGCAGCGGGCGCUACACCAAGACAGCAGGGGCGCGCAAGGCGCUGAGGCUGCUGGGGAACGGCCUGCCUCUCUCAGAGGGGUCGCUGUGGGCCCGGCAGCGCCGCAUCGUCAACCCCGCCUUCCGCCCCGCGGCUAUCAAGGAAAUGGUGGGGAUCAUGGAUGGACAGGGCCAGUCCCUGGCAAACGCAUGGUCGCAUCAGCUGCAGCAGCAGAGGGAGGGGAGGGGAGAAGGAGUGCUAGAGGGUGCUUGUAAAGAGCGUGUGACUAUGGAGGUGGACGUGCAGGAGAGCAUGUCGCUCGUGGCUCUGGACGUCAUCGGCCUCGCAGCCUUUGGCUCUGCUGUCAUGCACGAGGAGGGCGAGGAGGGUGAUAGGCUCGUGCCUGGAGACGCAGGAAGGGAACGACCAGCUAACGGAGAUUCAGCACCACCAGCAUCAGCAGUACGAGCAGUUCCAGGGGCAGGGGCAGGGGCAGGGGCAGGGGAUCCAGUGCAGCUGUACAACGCGCUGUCCAAGCUGGCAGAGCUGGGCGCCAAGAGGGUCUUCUCCUGGCGCUCCCUAGUGCCCUUCUACGACAUUCUGCCGCUUCCAGAAAACUUUGUCCUCUGGGCAGCCGAGAAAAAGAUCCGCAACCUGACCCUGCACCUGAUUGGCAAGAGGCGGGGUGCAGCAGCAGCAGUGCAUGCGGAGGAAGCAGAUGGCGAGUCAGAGAAGCAACAAGGAGCGGCAAGAGGGCGGGGUGCUCGAGACCUACUGGCGCUGAUGCUGGCAGCACAUGACAAGGCAGGCAACGAGCAGAUGACGGACCAGCAGCUCAUGGACGAAUGCAUCACCUUCCUCCUCGCUGGCCACGGCACCACAGCUCGCCUGCUGACGUGGACGUUCUACCUGCUGGCGAAGCAUCCCGACUGGCAGGAGCGGCUGAGAGCUGAGCUCAAGCAGGCGCUGACUCAGCAGGGGGCACAAGACACGUCAUCGGCCGCCACGGCCAACACAGCAGCAGGAGCAGCAGAAGAGGCAGGGUCAGAGAAAGGUGGAGAAAAAUCAGUACAAUCAGGCCAAGGGGGUUUUGGAAGGGAGGGAGAGGAAGGAGGACAGGAGGGAGCAGGGAGAGUGGGAGCAGAACGUGAGGGAGGGGGGGAAGGGGAAGGCGAGGGGCAAAGAGGAGGGGGGCGGGUGACAUGGGAGGUGGUGGCGGCAUUAAAGGCCAUGGGCAUGGUGUUGCAGGAGAGCCUGCGCAUGUUCCCCCCCGUCUCCUUCAUCAGCCGCACGUGCCAGCAGGCGUGCAGGCUGGGGCCAUACGACCUCCCCCGGGGCACGGAUGUGGUGAUACCAGUGGCCAUGCUGCACUAUGACCCGCGCUUCUGGGGCCCUCAUUCCCACGACUUUAACCCCGAACGCUUCGCCAAAGGACCAGACGAAGCCUGUUCUCAUCCUCAGGCGUUCCUUCCCUUUGGUUCCGGCCCGCGUAUUUGCAUCGGGAACACCUUUGCCCUCACCGAGGCAAAGGUAGUUUUGGCGCACAUCGUCAGGGGGUUUUCCUGGCGCCUCUCCCCGGCCUAUAAGCACUUCCCCAUUAGUGCUGUCACUCUGCGGGCGGGAUUUGGCAUGCACCUAAUUGUCGAGCCACUGGCGGACCCAUUUUGA